UGGUUCUUCUCCUUCACGGACUCCAUUUUUGUUCCCAUUUCUUCUACUUGUUCUGUUCUUCUUCUUCGUAGAGGCUCGUUUUGUUUGAUAGCUAUUCUAAUUUCUUCUACUUCUCCUCGUUCUUCUUCUUCGCGGAGGGUUUCAUCCAAAAAGGGAUUUUUGAUCCACAAAAGUGGAUAAUACCUGGCGAUAAGUCAAAAAGUCUCUCGCUAAAAGAAGAGUUUAUUUCUAGUAGAACAAGAGUAUAUGUUUGUGGAACAAGAGAAAUAAAAUCCAAGGUUGUUGCUGAUGUUAUUGAGGCACUAAUUGGUGCCUUCAUUAGCACCGGAUUACUUGUAGUUUGAGUAACGGUGAAGGGAUGAGGUGUGAAAGUUGAAAGAGAUGUUGAGGGUGGCGGUGCGAUGGAAUUGGAGGCCUAUGGCUUCUCUCCCUUUAACUCGCUUCACAUCACGACAGCUCCACACGCUCAAGCCCAACCCUAGGCCUCGAUUCUCUAGCUUGAAGCUUUUUUCUCGAUCCUCUUCUUCCGAUGCUGUGCAAACCUCAUCUUCUCUCUACGGCGAACUCCACACCUACCUCCGAUGUUGCAUGCCAGAGAAGCCGCUCCGAGUUGCUGUUCUUGUUAGCGGAGGCGUUGAUAGCAGCGUUGCUCUCCGGCUACUCAAUGCCGCCGGCCAUUCUUGCACCGCUUUCUACCUCAAGAUAUGGUUCCAAGAAGAUUUUGAGAACUUUUGGUCAGAAUGCCCCUGGGAAGAGGAUUUGAAGUAUGCCAAAGCUGUUUGUAAUCAGGUUCAAGUACCAUUAGAAGUUGUUCAUUUGACCGAUGAAUACUGGGAGAAUGUGGUUUCCUACAUCAUUGAAGAGUAUCGUUGUGGCCGUACUCCUAACCCCGAUGUUCUCUGCAAUACAAGAAUAAAGUUUGGUGCAUUCUUAGAUGCAAUCAGUGAUAUGGGUUUUGACUAUGUUGCCUCUGGGCAUUAUGCAAAUGUUGUCCACCCAUUGGCAGAUCAGAAGGAUGAACCUUCUGUUCUAGAACUAUCCCAAGACAUGGUAAAAGAUCAAACGUACUUCCUUUCACACCUCUCACAAUCCCAGUUGAAGCAACUUCUUUUUCCUCUUGGUUGCAUUCCUAAGGAAGAAGUCCGCAGGCUUGCCACAAAAUUUGAUCUACCGAAUAAGGAUAGGAAGGAUUCCCAAGGAAUAUGCUUUUUGGGCAAGAUAAGAUUCAGUGAAUUUGUUGCAAGACAUAUUGGGGAGAGAGAAGGUAUCAUACUGGAAGCUGAGUCAGGAGAUUUCCUUGGCAAACAUCAGGGUUUCUGGUUUUAUACUAUUGGUCAGCGCCAGGGUCUACGGCUACCUGGAGGCCCAUGGUAUGUUGUUGAGAAGGAUGUUAAAAACAAUGUAGUUUUUGUGUCAAGAAAUUACUUUUCCUUUGACAAAAGAAGGCGCCUAUUCCGUGUUGGUUCUUUAAAAUGGCUUAGUGGGUUGCCUCCAAGCCAGACAAGUCAGCUCCAAUGCAAGGUGAGACAUGGUCCUGGAUUCUAUAAUUGUAGCUUACAAAUGGAAGUUGAAGGAGAUGGCCCAGAUGACUCUGCUGUCGUCCGCAUAUCUGAAGAUGAUCAAGGCCUAGCUGCUGGGCAGUUUGCUGCCUUCUAUGAGGGAAGAACAUGCAUAGGUUCUGGUGUGAUUUUGGAGUCCUGGGAUGAUCAAAGUUUUCCAAUAUGUACAAAAGCUUUAGAAAUUGCAAGAAUGGAAGAUAAAUCAAAGAUUGGGAAUCCAGUUAAGAUAAAAGUUAAACCAGAUAACCCGCUAGUAGUGUGUGAUUCCACAGAGUUAGCAAGUAAAGCAUCAUGAGGGAAUAAGAAAUUUUGGAGUUGCUGCCACCGAACAAAAUAGGCAUAUAUGCCAGAGGAAUGCAGUUUCCAUAUUCCCUUUCGAAGGGGUACAAAAAAUUUGGCAUGCAUGGGCAUACAUGUAGGUUUUCUGAUCUUUGGUUCUGGAACGUUCUCAUGUACUUGUUCAGGGAAAUCAUAAAUAUUUUUUGGAGGGAGGAAUGGCUACUCUAGGUUGCAAUGGAGCUUCCAUUAUUCGGUGUUUUGAAUUAAAUAUGUAUAGGAGCUUCCAUGGUUCAGCGGGUGAAAUGAAGAAUUAUUAAAUGAAAUAUACCUUGAGAUGCUAUUUAAUUCUAACAAGAAGAGUUAUUAAAUGAGGAAUUUCUUAGUAUGGAAUUUAAUCAAUG